UGUUAGGACUGUGCCCUUCAGUUGUGUAGUUUCUGCACAGCACGUGGUUCUACUUGGCCUUGGCUUUCAGUGGACUGCACUUGAGCGAAUUUCAUCUUUUUCAAAGUCUCUUCAACGGUUGAAAGGUCUUUCUUCUUUGUGUGUACUGGACUUCAUCAGCAGAACCAGCGGAUAAUUCUAGUGGAUUGAAUUUCCAGGCACGUCACAAAGUUACAGAGGAACAGGAAUUGGUUUAAAUUAUUGUGUUCAUUUAAUACAACUGUUUUCUGGUGUAUAUUUUACUGUUUCUGUGUGAGUUUUUGUAUUUGUAAGAUGCCUCGCCUGAAGAAACACAACCGUUCCAUCGCGGCUAAGAAGAGCAUGGAGGAACGCCUGGCAGCAGUGGUGGCAUCUGCGCCUCUGGUCCCCACCACUUGCUUCCCACCACCAACACGUGGUCCCUCACGUCGUGGUACUGGUCUUCGCCACCGUGUGAGCACCUGGCCAGUUUCACCCCUGACUGGCAGGAGUCACAAGAUGAUCAUCCCAGCCGAGUCACCUGACAAGAAGUUUGUUCUUUUUGUCGGUGAUUCCCACCUGCGUGCCAUUGUUGAUGGCCAUGUGAAGAUUUCGCACAAGCUGCUUUCUUUUGGUCUCAUGUCAACGCCAGGGGCUGACGCCAAGGACCUGAGGACUGAGAUGGUGCGUGCAGUCCUGCCCAGGACCCCUGACCUUGUUUGUGUUCUUGCACCCAGCAACAACUUGACUAGGGGGACAUUGGAUCAGGCUGCAGUGGACUUUGAGGAGCUUCUCACCAGUGCCUUGUCUCGGUGGCCGAAGCUGUUUGUCCUGGACUUCCCUCCACGCCGGACUGUGGAUCAGGACCUGCAGGAACUUUUUCGCCAAGAAUUUCACCGUGUGGCUGCACGCAAGGGUGUGAGGUACUACUCUAUCGCAGAGUUUUUUCCUCUCAGCCAGCGUGACCUGUGGAGUUGGGAUGGGGUUCACCUGAGCGAUGGAUCUGGGAUGAGGACACUGGUGACAUUGCUAUGCGACAAAUCCAGUCAGGAGCUAGAGAUGGCUGUUGCACAGGAGGAGUCGCGUAGCAUGUUGCCAGCUGUUCCUGCUCCUGCUCCUCGUCCGGCUCCGAGGUUGGUUGUGGUUGGAGAGGCUCGCUCUCCACGUCCGUUGCACAACCCAUUGGAUUGGAAGGUGGUUGAACCACGCAGGACGGGGAGCAGCUCGCCCCCUAAGGGAGUGAAGGUUCAGCUCAGGGAUUGUUCCAUCCCUCUCACUCCUGUUUGGUUCAGCCCACCAAUGUUGGAGAUGAUGGACAGUGUCCGCCCGGGCAAUCUUGAUCGGAAGGAGCCCAGUACUUCUGCCAAGGGACCAAUGGUGGUCAAGCGUCAUAGGAGCCCUUUUGCUCCAAAGAAGAGCUGUGGGAAACAGAAGGUGAAGGUGGAGGAGUGGCCUGAACUUCCCAAGGCUGUGUCAGUGGAGGUGGGGGAUUGGCCUGGAGUGCCCAAGGCUGUGGAGGAGGUCCCUGUGGAGCGUCCCCGCAGACGCAUUGUCUUCAAGAAGAGGCGUACUUCUCAGCAGCAGGGUGCAGCUGCAGAUGUUGUGGAGGUGAUAAGUGGACCAUCACCUGUGACCAUUGAAGACUGUCCCCUUCUGCACAGCUCCCCAGACCUCAUCCAAAGUAAGGUCGCUGCGAAUGUUUAUGCUUUGCCGGUAACGUUUGAUGCUGGGUCUGUUAGUUCAUGUGAAGAGGAGAUCAUAGUGGUCUCUGAUACAGACAGUGAGGGUUCCAUUUCUUUUGGGUGGACUGAUACUUUCCCACUAGCCCAAGGUUCAGGGUCUGUUGGGGCAGGUGUAGAUGAGGUCACAGUGAUCUCUGAUACAGACAGUGAGGGUUCCAUUUCUUUUGGGUGCUUUGAUACUGUGCCGCGAAGUUUUGGGGUGCGUUCUGUGAGGGGAUCUUUUCAUCAGGGGGAUCAGCGUUUUAAAUAUAGAGGUGUACAGUGUAUGGCAGUAAGUUUGGCUGCCAUGGCUAUGCAUAAGACCAAGAGUGUGUUUUCUUGGCAAACGAGACAUCUGGACAAGGCUGUUGUUUGUGGUGACAAGAUCUACACAUCUUUGCGUGACAAUAACUUGAUUUGUGGUGGUCACACUAUCCCGUGUAUUCCAGAGUUACCAAAGCAGUUAGAUAAAGAUGGCCAUAGUUAUGAUUUUGAGUAUGGUGACUUUGUGACUGGAGAUGUCAAUGUGGUUGAUGGGGAGUUUAUUGAUGCAGGUGUGUGCACAACUCUCAAGGACGGUUUGGAAAAGAUGUGUAUGGAAUAUGACACAUGCUUUUUCACAUUGUUAUCCCGUACUUGUGGGAUUAUUAGGGAAGGGGAACGGUUUGCUGUUGUUGACUCUCAUGCACGCAGUGCAGAUGGGAUGGUGCAUCCCAACGGAAAGAGUGUUGUUGUGUAUUUUAGUAGUCUUGAACACUUGAUUCAGCAUGUUAGCUGUUUUGCUGCAGGAUUCAGAGGGACACAGAAGUUGUUUGAGAUUGCUGGUGUUUGUGUCACUGUGAAAGUAGAUGGUGGUGCUAGCCAGUCAUCUUCAGGGAAGAUUGGUGCAAAGCGCAAGGCUACUACAAUGCCUACUCGUACUUCAAAGAGGGUUAAAAGGAGUGACCCAAUUGAUUCAGAUGUAGCAUUUGUUAGUGAGGUUACAGUUAAGGAGUUGGUGUUUAACCCUGUUCGUAAUGAUGUCGCUCGAACUUUAUGUGACAAAUUACAUGUUGAGUCAGAGAAAGUCGACGAUGUGUUUUCAAUAGUUGGUGUGUUGGGGGCUCCGUGCAAAAAGGACAUAAUAGUUGGUGAUGGCAACUGUUUUUUUAGAUCAGUCAGUCAAGCUGUGUGUGGUUCACAAAAGAAUCACAGGAAAAUUAGAUUAGCUGUAGUUAAACAAUUAGAAGGUAAUGCUGUAGCCUAUGAGAGCAUUUUGAGAAGUGAGUUCUCGUCAGUGUCAGAAUAUGUCAUCAAAUCAAGGAUGCGUUAUGUCGGCAGUUGGGCGACAGAGGUUGAGAUUCAAGCAGCAGCAGAUUGUUUAGGAGUUUCUAUUUUCACUUACAUUGGUGAUCGCUGGCUUGAAUAUAGUUGUAAGAAUAGCCAAUUUUCCAGUCAGGCAGUGUACUUAGAACAUGUCAAUGGUAACCACUAUGAGACUGUUGUUUGUGUUCAUCAGCCACAGUCACAGUUUUGUUAUGGUUACUGCAAAGUAGGUGAGGCUACAACAGGCUACAAUCUUAGACAUCACUGUGAUGUAGAGGUAGAGACAACUGCCACAAACACAAACUAUUGUUUUUCAAAGUAUUUGAAAAAGAAAGUUUUCUAUCAAAAUACAAUUAAAUAUAAAGAAAAUGUGUUACAGAAGCUGAAACGUCAAGAAAGGUCUAAACGUAGAUAUCAUGAAGAUGCAAUGGUUAGAUACAAAUGUAAUCAGAGUAGUGUACAAAAGUACAAACAAAAUGUUAGGCAUAGGGAGAUGGUUAAAGCAGAUAGCAAAAUCAAAUAUAAGCAAGAUGUUAGGCACAGGGAGGUGGUUAAAACAGGUAGCAAAAUAAAAUACAAGCAAGAUGUUAGGCACAGGGAGAUGGUUAAAGCCUUUAGCAUAAAAAAAUAUAAGCAAGAUAUUCAUCACAGGGAGAUGGUUAAAACAGUGAGUAAAAUGAAGUAUAAGCAAGAUGUUGAGCAUAGAGAGAGUUUGAAAGCCAAAAGCAAAGUACAAUAUACAAGUGAUUUAACACAUAGACAGAAAAAAAAAGAGCUGAGCAAAAAGAAGUAUCAUAGUGAUCCAGAGAUCCAGUUGUGUGUUAAAGCAGUCAACAAAGUGAAAAAGCAGCAGUUAAAAAACAAGGCAGCAGAUUUUGAUUUUAUAAUACAGCAAUUUUUGUGUAAAGUUAAAGAUGGACCAGAUUUUGUGUGCUGUGUGUGUCAAAGGUUGUUGUUUCAAUAUCAGGUUUUGAGCUGUAAAAGAAGCAAUUAUAAUAACAGUGACGACAUGGCGUUAAUUGCAGACAAAUGUAUUUCAGAUAAAUAUUUGCAUACAUGCAAUGAGAUUUGUGUAAGUCCAUGCCAGUUGUUACAGUCACCUAGAGGUCAGUUGUGGAUUUGUCGUACGUGUCAUUCCAAAAUAAAUAAUAAACAAAUUCCUCCUGAGUGUGUUGUUAAUAAUUUAGAUGUUCAUGAUGUUCCUCCUGAAUUGGCUUGUUUGAACAGUUUAGAGCAACAUUUGAUAGCGUUGCACAUUCCAUUUAUGAAAGUGUUGGCAUUGCCUAAAGGAGGACAAAACGGUGUUCAUGGACCAGUGACGUGUGUCCCAGCAAAUAUUGUGGAGACAAAUAAUUUGCUUCCUCGCUCAAACAUGGAGGGGUCAUUGUUGCGCGUGAAACUCAAGCGUAAGCUAACGUAUAAAGGACAUUAUGAGUAUCAGUAUGUUGAUACAAUGCGUAUAAGGCAGGCUUUGUCGUAUUUGAAACAGAAUAACAUGUACUAUAAAGAUGUUGAUUUUAAUGAAGACUGGCUGAAUGACUUUUGUCGCGAACAAGAGAAUGAGAGUGUAGAACAGGAUAGUGAUGUUUGUGUUGGAAAGGAUGAAACACCUGCCAAGGUGGAUGAAGGUGAGGAUGAACUGUUGCAUGACAGGCAGCAACAUUGUAUGUUUCAAGACACUUGUCUCAUGCCUGUAGAUAUUGGUCAGGAAACACUUGAUCAGUAUUAUGAGGGUGUUUUUAAUGUGGCUCCAGCAGAAGGUAACAGUCCUGUGAAGUUACUUUCUAAUCGUGAAAAUGAAGCUAAAUGUUUUCCAGUGUUGUUUCCACACGGACAUUCUGUGUUUCAUGACAAUAGAGAGCAUCGGUUGACAUUGUCGCGCUAUUUCAAUAACCGCAUUCUUCAUGCUGAUGGCAGGUUUGCUCAGAAUGUGGAGUAUAUAUUUUUUGCACAGUACAUGUCAGAGUUGGAGCAGGUUGUGUCGAAUGUAUCUAUAGCUUUGAGGAAAGGCAAAGGAAGUCAUGUUCCUAAAAGAGUUAGAGAUGUGGUGAAUAAUGAGGAGUCUUUAAGGAAGUUGUUAGAGUUUGAUGAUGGUUAUCGUUUCCUUAAGCCUAUUAGAGGCACUCCUUCAUUUUGGCAGGCAGCGCAGCGUGAUUUACUUGCAUGUGUGCGUCAGCUUGGUGUACCCACUUGGUUUUGUUCAUUUUCUGCAGCAGACAUGCGCUGGACAAACUUACUCGGUAGUAUUUUGAAACAGGAAGGGAGAAAACAGACAGCUGAGGAGUUACAGUGGGCAGACAAAUGUGAGUUGUUGCGUCGUAAUCCUGUAACUGCAGCUAGAAUGUUUGAUUUUCGAUGGCAUUGUUUUUUGAGGGAAGUCCUUAUGUCUCCCUCAAACCCAAUAGGUAAAAUUAAGGACUAUUUUUAUCGUAUUGAAUUUCAGCAGCGCGGGUCUCCACAUGUACAUUGCCUGUUUUGGAUUGAGAAUGCUCCCUUAAUUGACCAAAACUCAGAUGAAGAGGUAGUUGAGUUUAUUGACCAAUAUGUAACAAGUGAACUACCCUCUGAUGAUGAAACAUUAUUGGACAUUGUGUCAUCUGUGCAGGUGCAUUCAAAGCGCCAUUCUAAAACAUGUAAAAAGAAAAACACAGUGUGCCGUUUUAAUUUUCCGAGGCCAGCAUCUGCACAAACAUUUAUUAGUCGUGUUAAAGUUGAUGAGGAGAUAGAAAAAUGUAAUUGUGAAAAAACUGAUUCAACAGAGACUGUGUGCCUUAAAUGUAAAGAGCGUGAUUUUGAAGAAAGGAAGGCGCGUAAAGUAAGGGCUCAUGAAAUUUUGGCAAAAAUUAAGGAAGCACUGUCGGAUGAAAAUCAGACCUUUGAUACAGUGGAGCAGUUGUUUGAAACUUUAAAUGUAACUCAGGAAGCAUUUGAAGAUGCAUUCAAUCGAACGACUACAGGUACCAAAGUAGUGUUAAAGAGGCAGGUGAAAGAGGCUUGGGUUAAUCAGUAUAAUAAGCAACUUUUGAAGUGUUGGAAUGCAAACUUGGACAUUCAGUAUGUGGUGGAUGCCUAUGCAUGUGUUGUGUAUAUCAUUUCAUACAUUUCAAAGGCAGAAAAGGAAAUGGGGUUGUUAUUAUCAAAUGCCCAAAGGGAAGCAGCUAAAGAUGGUAAUGUUAGUGCUAAAGAGGCUCUAAAAAAACUAGGUGGUGUUUAUUUACACAACAGGGAUGUGUGUGCUCAGGAAGCAGUUUAUAGGUUGACUCAUAUGCAUUUGAAGGAGUGUUCUAGGAAGGUCAUGUUUUUACCAACAGGGGAGAAUGUAGUAAAGAUGAGUUUGCCUUUAAAUGUGUUAAAACAAAGGGCAGCUACAAAUGAUAUUAACACAGAAGAGAUGUGGAUGACCAGUUUGGUUGACAGGUAUAAGAACAGGCCCAAUGAUAGCAUAUUUAAUGACAUGUGUAUUGCAACAUUUGCUUCAGAGUAUCGGGUAUUAAGUAAAAACGAAAACUGUAAAACAAAAAUUGCGUUGAGCAACAAUUGUGGUUUUGUCACAAAGAGAGUCAGAACAGAACCUGCUGUAGUGCGUUAUGCUCGGUUCUCAGUAACAAAAAAUCCAGAAUUGUUUCAUUUGAGUAGAUUACAGUUGUUCAUGCCAUAUCGUGUUGAUGAGCAGUUAAAACCAGAGGGUUUUGAAACAUUCCAACAGUUUUAUAACAAUGGUAAUGUUGUGUUGUGUGACGGAUCUGUACAACAAGUAAAAACAGUGGUUGAUGAUAAUAGGAGCAGGUUUGAAGUUGAUGCAGACAUGUUAGACGAUAUUCAAAAUAGGAUUAAUUUAGAUGGUGUGGAAGAAGAUGCGUGGUGUCAAUUGUGUCCAGAACAGGAGUUGGAACGUUUAGAGGCUGUGGAGGAAAUGGCAGAGAGACAGGAAGCAGAGGUCGAUCAGCAGGAGCAUAUUCCAGAUUUAGCUGUUAAUCGUGAACUGGUACAACAUUUGGAAAAAAUGAACAAUGUAAUGUGUAGGAGUGAUGGCUUGUCAUUGGUUAGGUCUUUGAAUGAUACACAGAUUCGUGUUUUUUAUCAAACUCGGCAGUGGUGUUUAGAUAAGUGUUCAGGGAAAAAUCCACCUCCUCUACAUGUCUUUAUUACAGGUGGUGCUGGAACUGGUAAAAGUCAUUUAAUCAAAGCUAUUCAGUAUGAGUCAAUGAGGUUAUUAUCACCGUUGUGCAGUAAUCCUGACAAUGUGAGUGUUUUAAUAACUGCACCAACAGGUAUUGCUGCAUACAAUCUGAAUGCAGCAACAAUUCACCACACAUUCAGUAUUGGAGUUGAUGUACGCUUACCGUACAGUCCACUAGGUGAAGAAAAGAUCAAUUCUCUCCGUGCAAAGUUCACUGAUUUGCAAAUUUUGAUCAUAGAUGAAAUCUCAAUGGUAAAUGCCAAUCUUUUGGCAUAUAUUCACGGUAGAUUACGGCAAAUGAAACAGAGUGGUAACCUCCCAUUUGGAAACAUUUGUGUCAUUGCUGUCGGAGAUUUUUACCAGUUACCUCCAGUAAGAGGAAAACCCCUGUAUGUGGAGGAUUUGAAUAUUGACUUGUGGUCUUUGUUUUCAGUUGUGCAUUUAACAGAAGUAAUCAGGCAGAAAGACAGUGCGUUUGCGGAAUUGUUGAACAGGGUUAGGAUUCAUAGCAAAGGGACACCAAUGUUAAGAAGUGAUGUUGACACUUUAAAACAUUGUGAAAAUGGUGAAGUCAGCUCAGCUUUACACAUUUAUGCGACAAAUCAACAAGUCAAUGCACAUAAUAUUCAGCGUUUGUAUGAUGUGUGUCGUGACUAUGUCACUAUUGAAGCUCAGGAUUUUCAGAACAACAGGAGAACAGGGAAGUUGGAGUUAAUUCAAGGCCAUCAUGCUAAAGCUAAGAAUACUUAUUUGGCUGAACAGUUGUUAAUAGGUGAGGGUGCACGUGUGAUGUUGUGCCAAAAUGUUGAUGUGAGUGAUGGCCUGGUGAAUGGAGCUUGUGGUGUUGUAACACGUAUUGUCAAAUCAGAGCGUGUUCAGUUUCCAAUAAAGGUUUAUGUUAAAUUUGAUGAUGAGAAUGUAGGUGCAGAGAGGAGACGACAAUCACCAAGUGUUUCAGCUGAUGUAGCAGGUUCUACAGCUAUUGCUCCAGAGGAGGAGAGAGCUUGUAAGAAAGGUGGUUUGAGACGUCAAUACCCACUUAAGUUAGCAUGGGCGUGUACAAUACACAAAGUUCAGGGCAUCACAGUAAAUAAUGUUGUUGUUUGUUUUGACAAGAUAUUUGCAGCUGGACAGGCGUAUGUUGCUCUAAGUCGAGUCAGGAGUUUGUCAGGUUUGAUUAUUGAACAGUUUGACGAGAAGAAGAUUUAUUGUAGGGGUGACAUUAAAGAUGCAAUCCAAACAAUGUCUCCAUUCUUAGUUGAUAAUUUAUUAGGGCAGCAAUUGAGGGCAAGCAGGUUUGGUGUUUUUUUGAUGAAUGUGCAGGGAUUGACUCGACAUGUGCCAGAUUUGGUGUUGUGUACACAGCAGUUACAGCUGAACUGUAUUGCUGUCACUGAGACAUGGCUAGCAGCAGAUUUUUCAAUGGAAUCAAUAAAUAUUGAGGGUUAUAGUUUUUAUGGUUGUUCACGCAGUUCAUCUUACAGUAGUGAUGACCCCAGACUAGUUACAUUAAAAGAUCAACUACAUGGUGGUGUUGGCAUUUAUAUUGCACCAAACACAGAAUUUGAGAUACAAGAAGUUCCUCCUUUUAAUUUGGAGUGCAUAGUGUCCAAAUUUACUUCACAUAAUCUAGUUAUUGCAGUUAUAUAUCGACCACCAUGUUAUCCCAUGACAUUAUUUAAGAAAAAUUUAGGCAACUUUCUUGAUUGGCUGGAUUCAGUAAAUGGAACCAUUGCAGUCAUGGGAGACUUUAAUGAUGAUAUUUUGAAAUCAUCAGCAACUUGUCCACUUUUAACAGCGAAAGGAUAUAUGCAAAUUGUAACAAAAGCAACAACAGAGAAGGGCACUUUAAUUGAUCACAUUUACGUUAAAAGAGCAGAUAAUGGGGCAGAAUCAUUAGUGCUGCCUACAUACUUUAGUGAUCAUGAGGCAGUCUUAUGUUUAUUGAAGUGAUAGCAGUAUGUGCCUCCACAUUGCGGGCGCUUGACCCAAAACGACAACUGGAAUAAUCAAUGUUUUAGUUGUUUUCAGUCCUUUGAUGAAUAGUUUGUGGGCAUGUGUUACUACAUUAUGAAUUUAAAUGUGUGAAAUGUAUGAGAUGUCUUAUGGCUGUAUAUGAAAUUGCUGUUGUACUUGUUGUAUGUAAUGUGUCAUUGCUGUUUAUGAAAUUGCUGUUGUAUUUGUGGUAUGAAAUGUGUUAUUGCUGUACAUGAAUUGCUGUUGUGUUUUUUGUAUAAAAUGUGUUAAUACACUAUGAAAUUGCUGUUGUAUUGAUAUUGUUGUUAGUGUAAUGAUAUUGUUGUUUUUACCUAUUUAAUUACCUAUUUGUUUUGCUGUGCAGAUACCGGUGUAUUCUGGGUUGUAUGUUGUGAUUGUGUAUAAAUUUAUUUGAAUUUGUAUUUAUGUCACAUCAUGAAGACAAUGUAAUAAAACAAUUAUGUUACUGUUUGAAUAAAUGACAUAUAUGUCCAACUUAGCAACACUGUCAUGCAUUUGCUGUUUGUCUAUGUAUGUCUAUGUCUCUCUCUCUUCUUUCUACCCUGCUCCUCCAUUAUAACUUUGUCUUCCCCUCUUUUUGCCCCCCCACUUCUCCCCUGUAACCUCUUUCACUUUUCCACCCCAACCAUUCAAGGCAGAUGGCUGCACAUGUUUGAUUCUG